UAUGUAUAUAUAUAUAUAUAUAUAUAUAUUUAUGUAUGUGCAAUAUAAUUAAAUAUAUAGAUUAAUAUAUAUAUAUAUAUAUAUAUAUAUAGGGAGAGAGAGAGAGAGAGGAUGCAAUUUGAGAAAAGUUAAUGAAGAGGAAAUAAAACUAGAGAGAAGGGACACACAGACACAUAAAGAAAAAAAAAGGAAAAAGAGAGAGAGAGAGAGAGAGAGAGAGAGUAAAAGAAAUAUGGAAAGUGAAAAAGUUUCUGGUUUGGAAAAUCAAGAAAUACCACAACAACAAUAACAACAGCAAAUACUGCUCCUCCUCCUCCUCUUCUUCUUUCUCCUCCUCAUCAUCGUCAUCAUCAUCUUCAUCAUUAUCAUCUUUAUAUGACCACAAUCAUCAUCACGGCAAUAAUAAUUGACGUUAAAUUUUUGGAAACAAUUAAUAAGAACCACUGGAAGUACAACAACAACAAUAAUAAUUUUAAAGUAUUUGAAAGAACAGCAACAACAGCAGAAGCAAGAACAAGAACAAUAAGCACAACAACAACAACAACAACAUCGGUUGAAACAACAACGACGAACGGAGAGUAUUUCUUGAACAAAUAUUACGUAUUUUGUUUGAAUUAGAAGAAAAAAAAAAGAAAAUCUUUAUUAAAAACCUCACCUGUAUACACACACACACACACACACACACACACACACACACACACACACACACACACACACACACACACACACACACACACAUAUGUACACUCACAUACACGCACACAUACGCACACACACACGUAUAUGCAUAUAUUUAUUUACGCACAUACAUAACUACAUUCAGCACACACAUAAACACAUACAUACACUCACACAGACAUACAAGCACUUUUACGAUACCGCAAAUCUACUUUCUUACCGACACAUACACACACGUUUGAUGUAGACACACACACACAUUCACAAAUACACACACACACACACACACAGAGAUAAGCGAUCAACGCCACCGCAUCGCCACCAUCAUUACGCCAUCAAAAUGACAGCUGACUUUAUUUUCCCGCCAUGUGCGGAAGGCAGUGAAUCGGAUGAAAUUAGUAGCGUCAUGAUGGAAACAUCAUACCUACCAAACCAACAGAACUACUCGGACUUCUGGCGGACAAGCCCCGUGGGUAAGGCAGCCCCACCUACUGCAGACAUGGGCCGCGGCACCACCCUUGACCUUAACAUCAACUCCUACUCAGUUUCAACUCUUGACCUUGAUUCCAUGCCAAAUAUGUUGUCUUUCUCUCCUUGCACACCCACUUACAAAGACUUCUCGGUUUUCAAAGAAAAAUCCUCGCACGACAUCGCAGAUGCCCUUCUCUCACUGAAACACGCCGUGGUUCGGCCUCAACUGAACGGCCAGUUAGCUCCCAUGUCUCCACCUAUCCAACACAUCAACCAGCAGACGAUGGGUCCAGCUCAAAUGAACCACACACAAACAUCUCCACCGAUCAACUACACCGUGAAUCACCACCACCACCACCCUCACCACCCUCACCACCCUCACCAAGCCCAGCAUGUCUUGUCCAACAUGGCAUAUACGGGUUCUACAGCUGCUCAGUACACUCCAGCUUAUACCGAACCCCAGAACCAGAACACAUCGGCGCAGGCCCAAGCGAACAUGUUCCCAUCAAUGAGUGUUAACGUGUCAAUGAGCAUGAACGUGGGUGUUCCCCCUACGUUGGCUCCCAAUCACCAAUACAAUGCAGUACAACAAUGGACAGGGCAACCGCAGAACCCCCUCGGUCAGUAUGGCGGGCACGCUCCCACGCUUCAGCCUCAGUAUGGUACAUACACUGGACAAUCACAUCCUUACACUGCGUCCUAUUCACUGUCGACGGAUCUUAGGGCCAUGGCGGACAGCAGAAACAUCAUUUACAAGUCUUCUGAUUCAUUCAAGCAGGCGUCACGUUUUUGUGGCAUGAACCACUUCAAGAGAACUAAACUUAUGUCCGGGGGGCGGCAAACCCCUUGCUCGCCGAACAUCGGUGGGGGUGUUAGUGUUGGUGUUGGUAAUAUCGGUGUAAGCAAUCCAAACGGUGCCGUGGGUUCGGAUACGGCACGUGUUAAUCUCUGCCGGAUCUGUGGAAAGACUUAUGCACGGCCCUCUACGCUGAAAACACACAUGAGAACACAUAGUGGUGAGAAACCGUAUCGUUGCAGCACAUGCAGUAAAUCGUUUUCACAAGCAGCUAAUCUCACGGCACAUAUACGGACCCACUCGGGUGAAAAACCGUUUCGCUGUCCCAUCUGCGAUCGCCGUUUCUCUCAGAGUUCUUCGGUAACGACGCACAUGCGCACUCACUCCGGAGAGCGUCCUUAUCGUUGUAGGAUGUGCAAGAAAGCCUUUUCAGACAGUUCUACAUUGACCAAACAUGUGAGAAUUCACAGCGGAGAGAAACCCUACCAGUGUAAGCUUUGCUUGCUCCGCUUCUCUCAGUCAGGCAAUCUCAAUCGACACAUGCGCGUUCACGCCAACGCCACGUAAAAGAAGGAAAGAGAAGACGUAGCAGCAGAAAGACAAAUGACUCUGUGGAGAGGGUUUAAACUGUAAAAGAUGUUUGGCUAAUAAUGAGUAAUUAUCAAAUUUAUCAUAAUGAAAUAACAAUGAUAAUACAACAGAGACAAUCAUCAAUUUGAAAAAGAAACACACACACACAUACGGAAAUACACCACACAUACAUGCAUACUUAAAUAUCAUAUAUAUAUAUAUAUAUAUAUAUAUAUAUAUAUAUAUUACAUGCAUGCAUACAUACACGCCUGACUAUCGGGAACGUGAAACUAAGAGUUGUGACUUAUGAAGUUGUAGUUCCGAAAUCAGAACUAUGAACUCUACUUCACAUAUUGAGUACUUUUUAGCUAGUUUGU